AUGACAGGAACACAAAGGCCCAUGCGGCUCCCCCCGCUCAAGGUCUUGCGCGUCAAGAAUCCCACCCGUCAAGGGGAGCAGCCCUGCAUGGCCAUCAUGUCCUCGGUACUGGCAUGCUGGGCUUCAGCAGGAUAUAACACAGCCGGAUGUGCGCAGAUGGAGACGGCCCUGAGAGCCUGCAUGGACGGCCCUCAGCCAUCAGCCGCGAAGAGGAGCGAAAUCAACUACCAUCUGUCCAGAUUCCACGAGAGAGUCUCCGGUGUCAAGAAGCCUUGA